GUGUUUUGGUUCCUUGUGGUUCGGCUAAAUGAACACGACAUUUGUUAUCACAGCGUCGAGUGAACAGGGAAGAGAAAACACGCGAAUAUGAGAGAAGAAGAAGAAAAUCAGCGUCACAGCGGCACACCUGUCGAGUAAUAAUCGACCGACGUGUUUCCUGUCGGCGCGGUUGUUCCGUGGUUCGGUUCCGGUCGGACCGGUUCUUCCUCUCUGUCGUCACCCGGCCACCUGAGGGGGAUCCUAUAACCGGAAGUCACUGGGCUUGUUGUUACCUGGGCGCACUCCCUCAGGUGAGAGCGGUCGGUUGUCACAGGUGGCGACGUUCGGACGGUGGAUUUAAAGGAGUCGGGAGAGUGUCGGAGACGAGUGUUUGUCCGGAAGGUUUCUGCUCGUUUGUCCGGAAGGUUUCUGCUCGUUUGUCCGGAAGGUUUCUGCUCGUUUGUCCGGAAGGUUUCUGCUCGUUUGUCCGGGACAGUUGUCGGUGAAGAGUUGAGGAGCAGGCGUCGUCUGAGCACCGGGGACCGAACAUGCUCGUCGUCAGCGGGCUGGUGUCGCUCGCUUUGUUCCUCUGCGCGGCCUCAGGUGUGAGCAGCUUCUUGGUCACUACCAAAAAUGCAGAUGUGCGGGUGAAGGAGAAUGAAGGGACAGACCUGACCUGCGAUUAUUCAGGGGACUUCGGCUCCAAUGCCAGAGUCGAGUGGAAGUUUAAAGACUUAAAAGGCUCACAGACGUAUGUGGUUUUUGAUGGGAAACCAACAACACCAUAUUCCAGCCGAGUGACGAUGUACGGCAGCAAUCUGAGAUUCUCCAAAAUGACCCGCGACGACAAUGGAGUGUACGACUGUGAGGUGUCUGGCAACAGCCAGUUUGGGGAAGUCCGGGUGAAGGUGACUGUUCUGGUGCCUCCAUCUGUGCCCCUGUGCAGGAUCCCCUCAUCAGUAACGACGGACAGGACGGCCCACCUGUCCUGUCACGACAGUGUCGGCUCACCUCCUCCCAAAUACAGGUGGUUCAGAGGAGGCACACUUCUUCCCCCGGAGCCCAGCAAGAUUACUGGCUUCAAAAAUUACACCUACAAGCUGAACACGGAGAAUGGCAACCUGGAGUUUACCAAAGCAACCAAGAUGGACACCGGAACUUACUACUGUGAGGCGUACAAUGACGCUGGUCCUCCUAAGAGCUGCAAAGCGGUGAAGAUGGAAGUCCGUGACCUAAACACCGGAGGGAUUGUUGCUGGGGUAAUAGUGCUUCUGCUGCUUGUGGCUCUACUGGGAUUCGGCCUUUGGUAUGCCAACAAGAAAGGAUACCUGCCCAAGAAGAAAGAAAGCAAACCAAAGUCCAACGUGGUCUACCAGCCACCCUCGCUGUAUGGUGGUGAAGAUGAAGAUGGGGAAUUCAAACAGAAGUCAUCAUUCGUGGUAUAGUCCACAAGGAGAUGUGACUACAGGACAGCACCUCUGGUUUUUAAAUUGCUCUCAGCUUGUUGUUUUUUUCCCCUGAAGUUUUACUAUUCUGUAUAGAAAUCUACUAUAGAUAUAUAAUGAGAUAGGAUUUUUAAUAGAAUGUGCCGUGACUCAUUAUAGCCUCAGAUAUUCGUCCGCCUGUUUGGAGUGUGUUUCUGAUUAUUUCCCCCCUCCUGAUAAGGGAACUAAGUAGUGUGUUUAAAUGAUGCAUCCGCGUCUAAAUACAAUAAGUCCGAUGGUAGUGAAGAAAAUCCCAGCACCACUAAUAGGAAAAAAAGUGGGUAUAUGAAAGUUGUUUGUUAGAGGGCAAUGAAUACGAGAACAAUAGACACCAUUUUCUAACUUUUUAGAAACUCUUAAAAUAAGAUUUAUGAUUACAUAUGUUGACUCGUCACCUUCAUUUAAAAUAUUUCCAUCUAUUUACUCUUUUUUUUUAAACUUUUUUUUAACAAAGCAUAAGCUGUUUUAUUGUUAAAAAUUAUUUCUGUGAUGGUUUAUUAUGGUUUUUCGUUCUUGUAAAUAACAUUUUUUAAAAUACAUUUGUCAUUUAGAACCAUUCAAUAAUCAGGAGUAGUAGAAGUAUCACAAGCUUCUUCUCCCAACUUGACUUCAUUUGUGGCUGUUGUUUGUGCAAGUUCAAACAUUUUUAGGUGCAAGAUUUCUUUUACAGAUCAUUUCUAGUUGAACUAAUAUUUUGUGUGUCUCCUUGUGUUGUCUUAAGAAAUAUGUUUAUAAACCUAAAAACUACAUUGACAGUUAAAUGAUGAAAUUCGAUUUCAUCAGCAAACAAUUAAUCAUGGUGUUGAAACUAGUUUAUAAAUUAUUACCCACAGGUUUGUAAGCAUCAUGUGCAGCCACAUCAUAAUCAUUUACUGCCCAAACUGUUCUGACGUGAUGGUUCUGUCGUCUUCCUCCAGAAAAUAGAAUGACAUUGACUUUGUAUCGCCCACAAACUCUCAGGUCGUGCGUUCAGAUGGUUUGAUCAGCUGGCAGGCAUCAGUACGUGUGUGCUUCUAUGAUCUUAUCAGGUAUAUUUGUGAUGUUUUCUACAUUGCUUGACCUUUUAUAGACAUUUUAGAGCUGAUUCAUCAGCUGAUGAUUGUAACUUUUCUUAAUAUAUUGGUUAAUAAAACUUCUGUUUUUA